AUGGACAAGUUUAUAAUUAGGAGGAAAUGUGACAAUGUGGCAAGCGUUAGCGAUGAUGGAGCUAGACCCAGUGUUAGUGGUGCUGUGCGUGACAACAAAAACAUAGAUAGUGACGGAACUGUGGCGGUGACAAAAAACACUGUACCCAGAAAAAAAAAAAGCUGUUAUCAGCCCUCAUGGAAACAGCAAUUUACAUGGAUCGAUUACAACAAGGUAAAAGAUGUUAUUUUCUGCAAAAAUUGCAGACAUAUGUUUGAAGAAAAUCGUUUUCAGUUUUCUCACAAAAUAGAAAAACCUUUCAUGGAAACUGGUUUUUCGAACUGGAAAAAAGGGGUAGAAAAGUUGAAAGCGCAUGAAGCAUCGGGCUGCCACAGAGAAGCUGUACUGAAAUUCAAAUCCUUAAAAUCGAAUGUCAAUGUAUUUAGCCAGAUUUCCAAAGAAAAACUGACACAAAUGAAAGAAAACCGAGCUUGUUUACUAAAAAUCAUAUCUUCCCUCCGAUACUUAGCAGCGCAGGGGCUUGCAAUACGUGGGCAUACUGAAGAAACAAGUAACUUUGACAAUUUAUUACGCCUUCGUUGUGAAGAUAACCAGCUACUUUUAAUAUGGCUACAGCGUGAAACUUACAAAUGGACAUCCCAUGAUGUGCUAAACGAAAUUUUGGCCAUUUUAAGUCAUGAAAUUCUUAGAAAAUUAUUGGAGGAUAUCAAGAGGGCAAAGUAUUUGGCAAUAAUAGCAGACGAAACGACAGACAUAGCCAACAAAGAGCAAUUUAGUAUCUGCAUAAGAUUUUUUGAUGCUUCGCUAGAGAUAGAAGAAUAUUUUUUAGGGCUUUACUCAAUACAAAGUACCACAGCUAAGCCUCUGUUUGAUAUUAUUAUCGACAUUUUAAGACGAUUUGAUUUGCCUACAUCUAAUUGUAGGGGCCAGUGCUAUGACGGUCCAGCUAACAUGGCCGGAUUAUAUAAUGGUGUCCAGACAAACUUUAUGGAAAUGGAGAAGAGAGCUAUGUUUGUGCACUGA